GGCAAAGAAUUGCUGCUGAGCUGAGAGCAGGCAGAGGGGGAAAAAAAAACCCCUCAUUUGCAAAUUAGAAAGCCAGUUCCCUGUUUCGCUUCACUCCUUGAAGGCAUGGAUUUCGUCUGGAUCCCUUUCUUCUUCCUCUCUUCGCUGGUGGCUCAUGUCCUCGGUCUUCAGUGCUACUCUUGCGAUGGGGACAGCAACUGCCUGGAAGCUCAAGUCUGCCCAGAACAUCAGGAUCGAUGCCGCACGACUGUCAUGACAACGCUAACCCGAUCGGGGCUCUCCACAUACUACGACAAGGACUGCGACGUGAGCGGGAAGGCCAACAAUUCCGUUUCCUACCUUUCCAGCAACCAGGUUGUGUUUUUGGCGGAAGAGCACUGCGAGAGAGAACUCUGCAAUGAACACGCCCCCAACGUCCUGGACGUUCUCCUUGCCCGGGGUCGCUCACCAAAGCUCAUGCAGUGCUACUCCUGCAGCUCAGCCGACGGGUCCUGCUUCAAUUCCAGCCUGCCUCAGAUGCGCUGCUCUAGGCCUGGAGAGCAGUGUGUGGACAUCACAUCCUUCGCCGUGCCGGAAGAGUUCUCCCUGGACGAAUUCCACAUCAAAGGCUGUGGGCAGCUGACCCACUGCCAGGUGCCCCUGGGAUUCCAAAACCAGCACAGCUUUCACCUGAUCAAAUGCUGCAACUCCAGCUUGUGCAACAAAGAGACGCAAGACUAUAGAGCUUACCCCCUCCCCUUGAAUGGGGUGACCUGCUACAGCUGCGAGGGGAACUUUAGUCAUGGUUGUGCCCCUGAGGACAUCACCCAGGAGCAGUGUCGGGGCUUCAUGACCCAGUGCUUAGAGGCCUCGGGCAUAGAUGGUGUCUCUGGCCAGAGCUCCAUUGUGAAGGGUUGUGCUUCGUCUUCCUGGUGCAACAGCCCCUAUACGUCCAUCUACAAGAAUCUGGGGGCCCUUCACACCCGCUGCUGCACCGGCAAGCUCUGCAACAGCAUGAUCAUCGACAAGACUACCCUGAAGCCUUCCCCCAGGAGCCAAGCCAGCCACAACUUCAUAGCCCCACCUGUUUUGCUUUCAGCAGGCCUGAUGCUCUGCAUGGCCUAUCUGCUCAGCUCAGAGAGCUCUUGACCUUUGGCACCAACAUCUGAGCUUUGUCUGGGCCAAGAAUCACCAGAGCACAUCUCUGGAACCCCCCUCCCCUUCCCCCCAAUUGUGCAGUCCAGCUGUGAAUGGAUGCGUGAAGUCGUAAUGGCCUCUGAGUCUACGCAGAGCGCAAUUCCUGUGUUGGCGAGGAACUCUAGCCUGCUCUCUCAACCCUGGGGGUUUCAGAGGCUGGCUUCUCCAGGGCAGAAAGCAGAAGUUCCAAACAGAGAGGAAUCCCAGAACCCAAACUGGCUACUCACUCAAGUGGAGGGGGUAGGUAGAGACUAGUGGUUAGAGAAGAACAGAACUGGAAUUUAGGAUUUCUGGGUUCUGUUCUCAGCUACAGGAGAAUAAAAGGAGGUGAGUGAACCAAAGCAGGAAUGCCAGACAUCCGGGGCUUUUUUUGAGCAGGAAUGCACAGGAACGCAGUUCCGGCUGGCUUGGUGUCAGGGGGUGUGGCCUAAUAUGCAAAUAAAUUCCUGCUGGGCUUUUUCUACAAAAAUCCCUAUGUGAAACCAUGGUGACAUCAGGGGGUGUGGCCUAAUUGGCCAAUGAGUUCCUGCUGGGCUCUUUCUAUUAAAAAAGCCCCAUGGGCAUCCCUUCUGUCUGAAGAUCUCUAUUGGAAACUCAGUCUCACACCAUGAAUAUCAAAACCAGGAGUGUCCAUCUUCUUAUUUAUUUUUAUUUAUGGAGGCUAAGGACUUCCACCCUCGAGGAUUUUGCUAGCUCCCUUUUGUAGCUUCCCACCAGAUAGAUCCCCUGCGCGAGGUUGUUCAGAAAACACAGGCAUUAUGACAACAUCCUCUCCCCAGCAACGGCUGUGCACCAAAGCUUGCCCUCCGGAAGUGUGUUAGCCACCUGGGAAGGGCGCCUCCCAGUUAUUUCAUUCUUAUUUUAUAUAUAAGCACUAUUUAUGUCAAUAAAGUAUUUUUUAUAGUAUU